UUCGCUCCCCGCCCGGCUUCGCUUUGCAUCGGGCAAUGCGGCGCCUCAGUCAGACAAAGUUACCUGUCAGUUUAUCACAGCUCAUGGAAUAACCUUUUUCCAAGUCGGUGAACCUGGGGCUCCUGGACUCUAUGAUUCGACGGGAAAUACCAACAUUAAUUUGUCCGCGGCCAACUUAUCUUGAAACAUGGAGGAUCCCAACAAACCUCAGAGGAGAAUGUCAAAAGAGGGAGAAAGCCUGUACAAGGUGCUGGGCUUGGAGAAAGGAGCGUCUCCCGACGAAAUAAAAAGGGCGUACAGGAAGCUGGCAUUAAGGCAUCACCCCGAUAAGAACCCGGACAACCCCGAAGCUGCGGAGAAAUUCAAGGAGAUCAACAAUGCCAACUCCAUCCUCAGCGACGAGAACAAGCGGAAUAUCUACCACGAGUAUGGGUCCAUGGGCCUCUACGUGGCCGAGCAGUUCGGCGAGGAAAGCGUCAAAUAUUAUUUCCUCAUGUCCAAGUGCUGGUUUAAGGCCCUCUUCGUGUGCUGCAGCAUUUUCACCUGCUGCUGCUGCUUCUGCUGCUGCUGCUUCUGCUGCGGGAGGUGCAAAACACAGGAGGACGAGGAGCACUUUGUUUACAUGGACCCCGACGACCUGGAGGCCGAGAUCAGAGAACAGGAAGCAGCAGGUCAGAACGUGCCCAUUGUGAUUCAGCCACAUGCAGCCAAUGGCACCUCCAGCCCUGGAGACGGCAACAUAGCGCUGCCGGACAAAGAAUGAGAGGACGUUCGCGAGUGGACGGUGUAGUAGGAAACCCAUCUUCAGCACACGCUUUGCCAACACUGAGGCUCAUUUGUUUACACAAACAGGAAGCAGUUUUGAAAUGUUUUUUUUUUUUUUGUUCUUGCCUAUGGUUUGGCUUCGUUUUUUAAACCUUUUUCCAUACAUUUUUGGGACUAAUUGUGCUGCAGAAAGCAAAGCCGCCAAGUUCUUCGAUUUUAUUUUAUUUUUUUCCUGAACACCUUAAACUUACCUUUUUUUUCCCCUUCUUUUUUUAAAAAUCCGAACAUAAAGCUGCCAAAAAAAAGAUCACCGGAUGUCUUGACUAGGGAAACAUUAGUUUAUUCAGGUUCUUAUUUUUUUGUCUUUUUUCAUUCUGACUCAGGUUUUUUAGACUUUUGAAGGCCAACAAUCACUUCAGCCUCACUGCACAUAGAGCCGCACUAUGAAGACUUUUGUGACUAAACCACAUUCAGCUGUCAAGUUGGAAAUAUAUUGUGAUGCUCAUCGUCAACUUUUGAGGAUAGGUUAACACCACAGCCGGUACCGUUUCUCCCACACCGCUUUUGUUUUCACAUGGUGGGGGUGGGAUGUGUCAGUGACUUCUCAUCCAAACAAACCACCCAAAAUAUACAGACAAAUCUACAGCUGCAAGUAAGGAGGGAAAAACUUGAGUUUUAGAAUAUGAAAUUAUUUCAUAUAGUUUUAGUAAAGGUGAAGAAAAGACAGUCACCUCUGAGGUGUCCUAGUAUUUAAAGACCUUGGUCUUAGACACCUGGAGCUUCUCUAAAGGAAGUCUUAAAGCUCGGAGCUUAGCAUAAAGAGUCAGUGGAGAAGCCCCUAGUAGUUUUGGCUCAUAAAAAUGAAAAAUACUUCCAACCGCUGCUUUGUUUUUAAACAUUUUCUUUGUACAUGUAUUAAACCUUGACAACUCUCCGACGUUAAAGCUUCAUAAAUGUUUGUUUGUGAAGCUUGAAUGUUUUUCGUUUGGUUUACAUGAUUCCAAAAGAGAGGAGGGUGAUUUAACAGGUUCCUAUGAUUGUCGCACAAAGGAUCAGAACCUUUCCUGCACUCAGCACUGUAGCCUGAUUUGUUCAGUAUUAGGACAUUUUGUAUGGUUUCCAGUUUGUUUAUUCCUCUCUUAUUUGUCUGUGGGACCUGCUGAUGGGAUCCAGUAGCACUGAAUGCUUCUUUGUGCUGUCAUAAUUUAUGGUGUAAAUUCAAAAUAGUUUUUGAUUGGAGGUUUAAUGAAUAUAUAGUCAGAAAAAGCUUUAAAUUAAAAAUCUUGUCUAUGUAUAUAUUGUAUAUAUAUUUUUGCUUUUUUUCCCUCCCCACUAUUCACCUUCAUUUUGCACAAAUUAGAAAUGUUUUUUUUAAAUGUGCCCCCCCAACACGAAUUUGCACCCAAAUACAUUUUAAGUGGCUUUUUUAUCUUUACAUCAAAGAUUAAAAUGUAAAAUUGUCUUGACAUUCCCAUAUAUUUCUCUGAAUUUACUUCCAACCCUUGACGUUUUUUUGUAUACAGUUUGUAAAUGAAAGUAUUGUAAAGAAUGUUUGUUUGUUUAAAUAAACUGGUGAUACUGGAAA